AUGAAGUUCACCACUCUGACUAGCGCAUUGGCUCUNUUUGCUGCCUCAGCUUCGGCUCUGGAUAAGCCUCUUGACAUUCAAGUUGACAAGGCCGUUGAAUGUACCCGCAAGACCACUGCUGGUGACAAGAUUGAGGUUCACUACCGUGGUACUCUGCAGGAUGGUGGCAAGGAGUUUGAUGCCAGUUACAACAGAGGACAGCCUUUGAGCUUCCACGUUGGCAAGGGACAGCGCACAUUGACCAUCCAACCCGAGUGGGCUUACGGCAGCAGAGGCAUGGGACCGAUUCCUGCCAACAGCGUACUAGUGUUCGAGACUGAGCUGGUCAGCAUUGCUGGAGUCAAGAAGGACGAGCUCUAG